CCACGGUGAGCCGCUAUAAAGGCAGGUGAGAGGAGUGCCGUGCCCGGGGAGCUGCAGCGAGGCGGGGGUGCCGCUCUGCCAUGACCGGCCAGCGCAGCUGGGGAUACGGGCAGCAUGACGGACCUUCAGAGUGGCACAAAUCCUACCCUAUUGCCCAGGGGAGCCGCCAGUCCCCCAUUGACAUUGAUUCUGCCAGAGCAGUUUAUGACCCAAACCUGAAGCCCCUGAUCAUCUCCUACGAGUCCUGCACGUCCCUCAGCAUCUCCAACACUGGCCACUCCGUCAUGGUGGAGUUUGAAGAUACUGAUGACAAGGCAGCAAUCAGUGGUGGGCCCUUCCAGAACCCAUUUCGGCUGAAGCAGUUCCACUUUCACUGGGGCAGAACCCACAGCCAGGGCUCAGAGCACACGAUUGAUGGCAAACCUUUUCCCUGUGAGCUCCACUUAGUUCAUUGGAAUGGCAGAAAAUAUGCAACAUUUGGAGAAGCAGCAGCAGCUCCAGAUGGCCUGGCAGUAGUUGGUGUUUUCUUGGAGAUUGGGAAAGAACAUGCUGGUAUGAACAGACUCACCGAUGCUUUGUACAUGGUAAAAUUUAAAGGAACAAAAGCUCAAUUUGGAAGCUUCGACCCUAAGUGUCUCCUGCCCUUGAGUCUUGAUUAUUGGACAUACCUUGGCUCUCUGACAACACCACCCCUUAAUGAGAGUGUAACAUGGAUAGUGCUGAAAGAACCCAUCAGAAUUUCUGAGAAACAGCUGGAGAAGUUCCGGAUGCUCCUCUUCACCAGCGAGGAGGACCAGAGGGUCCAAAUGGCAAAUAAUUUCCGCCCCCCUCAGCCUCUCAAGGGCAGAGUUGUUCGAGCUUCCUUCAAGGCCUGAACAAAACUCAGAAUGGCCCUGGGAUAUCCAAGAGCUUCCACCUCUGAGGUACUCUAAACAGGAACUCUGGUCCCCAGACAGCUCAUGGAACACACAAGACAAGCAUUUCCAUGAACACUCUGCCGGGAGGGGAACAAUCUGCUGGUUUGCUGCUUUACUUGGAGUGCUCGUUCUUCUGAGAAAUGGGAUCUUUGUAACAAGCACUAUUUCAUAUAAGGGAUAGCUGAGUAAACUAGAGUGUUGUCCAAGACCUGAAACUCUAAAAAAAAUUAAAAUGCAAUUAAAAUCCAACUUGAUGUAAAAUAGGAAAUUACGUAGCGAUCUACUAUGGUCACAAUAAUGGUCUCAUUCAAUACGUGAGGAAACAGUAAUGAAAAAUUUGGGGUAAAUUUGACUUAAAUUUUCCUUACCAAUCUGUUGUAAGCACUUGCUGAGCUCUGAUUUAAACAUUGCUUGCACCGUAUUCUUGCUGUGUGCUGUCAGAGUGCACAAGUAGCACUAGAGAAAAGUUCUUGCCUUGGGUAGGCACUAGAUGAAAACUAGAUCUAUAUUUUAAACUUAAUGCUCCAAGAUCCUAUUUUAUAACUCAAAGUACCAAUGUAAAUGCUGUGCUUGAAAGCAGGCCAUUUUAUCGCAGUGUUGUUUAGCCCACGGAUCACACAGGGCUGUGCUGCCCUGCUCAGAUGGGGGAAGGGGACAUCUCCAGCAAUCCAGGUGUGUGCUCUGUGGUCCUAAACGGCUCCAAUUCUACCUCAGUUCAGUGCUGUGCUCUGCAGUGUGACCUCCUUUGCUGUCUGCCCUGCAGAAAAGGGGUAUUUUGUUUACUUUAGGGACCCAGUGGGUAGAUCUGGACUGCACUGAGCGUGCACUGCUGCACAAAUCCCUUCCCUCUGGCUGGCAGGGAGCUCCCUGCACGCCCUCCUGAGUCCUUUUACCUCUCCAAAAGCGAGUUGCUUUAGGAAAGCCAUGUGUUGGUAUUACUGCUCUGCAGCUCAGUGACACAGCAGGCUCUGGCACUAAAUACUGGGAUGUGACCUGUGAUUACCCACGGUCUGCUGUACUGUCAUUCUGGCCUUCAAACGGCCUGUUUGGUGUGUAUAGAUCAGACAGAGUGAUGUUAUCACUUUAUUCAGCUCAGGGGAGCAAUCAAAGAUGUGCAAGGCAAAGGAAAGCUGGGAGGAGGGAGAGCAGCAGCUCCUCUGGGCUGUUGCCAUCUCAGAGAGGGCCAAAGGGACAGACAGUGCAAGGAAUGAAGGAUACAGUUCUAACCUUCAGCUCUGGCUGUCCUGGGACAUGGACUGCAACUUGGUGUUCCUCAGCUUCCUCUUCCACAAAAAGAGGGUGGCACUGACCUACCUCACAGGGGUGUUGUGAGGACUAAUUCAGCAUUGUUUUACAGGAAAUCCUUACAAGCUGCAAUGGUUUCAGCUGUCAUGAAUGUACCUUUGCUAGUAAUGCAAACUGGUGUUGCAGGAAAUUUAUUUAUUGUAUCUUAUUUCUUUAACAAAUGAAAUAAAUGAGACUUUAAAACCGAGUGUGCAUAUCUUAAUCCUUCACUUUCAGUAGACU